CUUCACACUUUUGGCCUAAUACAGGUUUCUGCCACAAAAUUUCACUACACAACGCAUUCGUCAUAAAAGUUUUCCGUGAUUUCUCGAGUUUUGUUAAAAAAGAAUUGAAACGUUCUUUCUACUAAAUUUUACUUCGAUCAAAAUACGACAAAAACCAAAACAACAGACGUCUUUCUGUCAAAUAUGUUUGCCAUGGUUACACGCUGUUUGACAGAUAGAAUCCGGAAAAUGAAACGGUGAAAUAAUUUUUGUUCUGUUGCUUUUGUUGAUUAUCACACAAAAAGCUAGUUUAGAAAAUAAUAAGUAAAUCGUUGAGGUUAGCCAUAUAAAUAUCAUCGCAAAUAUUAAGUUAGUUGUUCACUGACAAUCUACUGCAAACAUCAUCAAGAAUUAAACAUUUCAACAUUUUAGAUGGCUCAUACUAUGGACGACAACAGCGACGAAAAUUCUUCUCAAAGUACAUGCACCAGUGACGAAGAAGACAAACUGCAAUGCCCGGUUUGUGAUAAAAAAUUUAUUUCCGAACGUAAUUUAUCAAAGCAUAUGCAUUUACAUACUGGCUCCCCACAGUUUACACGUAAAACCUGUGAUAAACGCUUCAAAGAAAAUCAGACUUUUGCUGAUCACAACCUUUCGCACCAAAAACGAAAACUGCAUAGGUGUGAAAUAUGUGAAAAGGCUUUCGUGCUUAGUUCUCAGUUAAACAAGCACCGAAAAACUCAUACGGGUGAAAAACCAUUCGGAUGCGAUUUCUGCGGAAAGAGAUUCAAAAAGAAAAGUGAUUUAACCCGUCAUAGGCGAAUUCAUACUGGGGAAAGAAAAUUUCAGUGUGACAUCUGCGGAAAGCAGUUUGUAGAUAGCACGACUCAUAGAAAGCACGCGCUUAUUCACACCCGGAAAGAGACACCCGAUAAUUGUGAGAUCUGCGGCAAAGUUUACUUCAAACUGUCCUAUUUGAGGAACCACAUGAAAAGACAUUUAAACAAUAAAAAACUGCAUUCAAGUGAAUCUUCAACUCGUGAACAAUGUGGCGAAUUUAUUAAAAAUUCGUCCGCUAAUAUGGGUACACACGGUUCCAAACAAUUCAAAUGUAAAGUGUGUGGAAAAGAUUUCACAACUUCAAGCCAUUUGGCAUAUCAUCAUUGUUCUCAUAAUGGAGAAUAUCCCCAUAAAUGUGAAAUUUGUGGAAAAGGCUUCACGCGAUCUUGUUAUCUUGUUAGUCAUCGAGGAACCCAUACCGGUGAACAACAGUACAAGUGCGAAAUUUGUGGCAUGGGAUUCAACUGGGUCGGUAACCUAAAGCGACAUGAGCGGAUACACACUGGGGAUAAACCUUUUGAGUGUGAAAUCUGCGGAAAACGGUAUAUCGGCAAAGCUCAUCUAAGAAGGCAUAUGAACCAGCACACCGGGGAGCAACCGUACGAGUGUGAAAUUUGCGGUAAAAAAUAUUUUAUUUCAGCCAGUCUGGUCAAACAUAUGCUGACUCAUAAUUUAGAAUAAAAUUCAUUUUUGCAAUUGUUAUUUUGAAAAA